AUGACUUCGACCGCUAAGGUUUUGGGUGUGACGGCUAUCAUCGUCGUGGGGGUCGGCUUGAUUGCAGGUGGAAUAACAUGGGCGGUCCUGGCAACGAGAGGAUCCGACGUUCCCCCACCAGAAUUAAUUCCUUUGGAGUGGUGGCAACACUGUACUCUAUAUCAGAUCUACCCUAGAUCCUUCAAAGACAGCGAUGGAGAUGGUAUCGGUGAUUUAAAAGGAAUUAUAAGUGAGCUGCCCCUCUUCGUUGAGGCGGGAGUAGACGCAAUCUGGAUGUCUCCAAUAUUCGAGUCCCCAAUGGUGGACUUUGGUUAUGACAUCAGUAACUUCUACAACAUUCAUUAUGAAUAUGGCACUAUGGAAGACUUUAGAGAAUUACUAAAGAAAGCACACGAACUUGGAAUCAAAGUGCUAUUAGAUUUUGUUCCAAAUCAUGCAAGUAAUGAGUCUGAAUACUUUAUCAAUUCUGAAGCGAGAGUACCGGGUUAUGAAGAUUUCUUCGUAUGGGCUGAUGGUAUCGACGAUCCCAAUGACCCAACUAACAAACUUCCACCGUCUAACUGGGUAAGCCAAUUUGGAGGCUCGGCAUGGGAGUGGAGCCAACGCCGCCAGCAAUUCUACUUGCAUCAGUUUGCCGUACAGCAAGCGGACUUUAACUUUCGCAAUCAGGCGGUUAGGGAUGAAAUGUUUAAAAUUAUGAAAUUCUGGUUAGAUGAAGGGGCUGAUGGGUUUAGAGUCGAUGCUUUACCUUACCUGAUCGAGGCUGACCCGGCUGAUCACAACGGACGAUAUCCUGACGAUCCACUUAGUGGAAGGAUAGAAUUUGAAUCUCACCAACUUGGAUACACCAUACCGCUAUAUACUAAGGAUCUGAUCGAACUCUACGAUGUUGUGUAUGAAUGGAGAUCUUUCGUGGAUCGUUAUCUUGAAGAAAGUGGCGGCGAUACACGGGUUCUUUUCUCAGAAGGCUACGCUAAUGUUUCUAUGACGAUGUUGUACUAUGGUAACGAGCAAGGCAGCGUCGGAGCCCAUUUUCCCUUCAAUUUUGACUUUAUCACCGAUCUUUCCUCAAAAUCUACAGCCAGAGACUUUGUGUAUGUCAUUCUUAAGUGGCUCACAUAUAUGCCUUAUGGAGGUGUUCCUAAUUGGGUGUUUGGAAAUCAUGACAACAAUCGUAUGCCGACUCGGUUCCGUGAGAGUAUGGUGGAUGGACUGAAUUCGCUGAAUAUGCUGUUACCAGGAGUUGCCGUCACAUACCAAGGCGAAGAAAUUGGUAUGAAAGAUGGCUACGUAAGCUGGGAAGAUACUGUGGAUGUGGAAGCCAUUAAUAGAGGUGACAAUGAAACCUAUAUGCUGUACUCUCGGGACCCGGCAAGAACUCCCUACCACUGGAACAAUCUAACCAACGCUGGUUUCAGUACUGCAGAGAAAACUUGGCUUCCGGUCGCUGAAGAUUAUCCAGUAUUAAAUCUAGCAUUACAGAAAGUGGCAGAACGCAGUCAUUUCAAGGUCUACCAAGCAUUGACUGACCUCAGGAGAAAAGAGAGAUCCCUCUCCCAUGGUGAUUACUCCAUCAGAGCCCUCUCUGACAGUACUUUUUACUUAGUUCGGUAUCUACCUAGCUAUGAUACUAUCGUUCUAGUAUUUAAUGUGGCAGAAACAAGUGAUACUGUAGAUUUGAGCAGAAUACCAAAUAUGUCCCUACCGUCUACUGUGUAUGUCUCUAGCGUACAUUCUACAAGGCUCAGUGGCUCCAACAUAAGUGACAAACAUUUAACUCUAACAGCGGGGGAAGCGAUCGUUUUUAAGUCCCAACCUAUAUAA